GCGGCCCAAGAUGGCGGCGGCCAUGCUGGGCCCUGGGGGUUGCAGUGCGCAGGCAGCGGCCCGGCCCCGCCGCCGCGCUCACCGCCGGCACUGAGCCCUUCGCCGGCCGCCGCCCCGCGCCCCCCAAGCCGCGGCGGUCGCUGGAGGGGGAGAGGGUGGGCACCGUCGUGCCGCGGCCCUGCCCCGGCGCGGGGAGGCCUGAGGGCUGGAGCGGCGGCCGCAGGCGCCAUGGAGGGGCCCGGAGCGGCGGCGGUGGGCGCUAACCCCGGGGGCAGCAACGUGCCCGCCUUCCUCGCCAAGCUGUGGACCCUGGUGGAGGACCCGGACACCGACUCGCUGAUCUGCUGGAGCCCGAGCGGGAGCAGCUUCCACGUCUUUGACCAAGGCCAGUUUGCCAAGGAGGUUCUCCCCAAGUACUUCAAGCACAGCAACAUGGCCAGCUUCGUGCGGCAGCUCAACAUGUACGGCUUCCGGAAGGUUGUGCACAUCGAGCAGGGGGGGCUGGUGAAGCCGGAGAAGGACGACACGGAGUUCCAGCACCCCUACUUCAUCCGAGGCCAGGAGCAUCUGCUGGAGAACAUCAAGAGGAAAGUGACCAGCGUGUCCAGCAUCAAGAACGAGGACAUCAAGGUGCGGCAGGACAACGUCACCAAGCUCCUGACCGACAUCCAGGUGAUGAAGGGCAAGCAGGAGAGCAUGGACUCCAAGCUGAUCGCCAUGAAGCAUGAGAAUGAAGCCUUGUGGAGGGAGGUGGCCAGCUUGAGGCAGAAGCACGCUCAGCAGCAGAAAGUGGUCAACAAGCUCAUCCAGUUCUUGAUCUCCUUGGUGCAAUCCAACCGGAUCCUCGGGGUGAAGAGGAAGAUCCCACUGAUGUUGAACGACAGCAGCUCAGCACAUUCCAUGCCCAAGUACAGCCGCCAGUACUCCUUGGAGCACGUCCACGGCACCUCCCCCUACACGGCCUCCUCCCCAGCCUACAGUGGCUCCAACCUCUAUUCCCCGGAUUCUUCAGCCAACUCUGGUCCCAUCAUCUCCGACGUGACCGAGCUGGCCCAGUCCAGCCCUUCAGCCUCUCCCAGUGGAAGUCUGGAGGAAAGGAGUAGUCCUGUGGUCCGCAUCAAGGAAGAACCCCCCAGUCCCACCCGCAGCCCCCAGCUGGAGGAGAGCAGCCCAGGGAAGAACCCUGCAGCUGUGGAGGCUCCUCUCUUCCCCUCCACCUUCAUCGACUCCAUCCUGCAGGAGAACGACGGUGGCGCCGCGCCCGCCGGUGACAGCACCUCACAGCCUCAGCCCCAGGAAAAGUGCCUCAGCGUCGCCUGUCUUGACAAUUUGACUCGCACCCCGCAGCUGGCAGAGGUCCCUCGGCUUUGCCCCACUUCCUCCUCCUCCUCUCACCACUGCAGAGCACAGCAAGGGAAUGAACUCAACGACCAUCUGGACACCAUCGACUCCAACCUGGACAACCUGCAGACCAUGCUGACCACGCACGGCUUCAGCGUGGACACCAGCGCCCUGCUGGACCUCUUCAGUCCUUCGAUGACGGUUACGGACAUGAACCUUCCUGACCUGGACAGCAGCUUGGCCAGUAUCCAGGAUCUCCUUUCAACCCAGGAGCAGCAGAAGCCAACUGAGACAGAGGCCAGCACAGCAGACACAGGAAAGCAGCUGGUGCACUACACAGCCCAGCCCCUCUUGCUGGUGGACUCGAGCGCCGUGGACAUGGGCAGUGGGGACCUCCCCAUCUUCUUCGAGCUGGGCGAGGGCCCCUAUUUCACGGACGGGGAUGAGUACUCAGAAGACCCAACCAUCUCCCUCUUGUCAGGGCCCGAGCAGCCCAAGCCCAAGGACCCUGCUGUCUCCUAAAACCAAGCCCCCCACCACCGGGGUGGGCUGAAGGAGAAGACAACCCCGCACCGAAGGGCCCCGCGGCCGCCGGCCUCCUGCUUCGCGCAGCCCUGGACAGCUCCGAGCUCCUUCUCCCCCCGCCCCGGCGCCAGUCAGGAUCCCAUUUGUGUGUUGUGCUUCACCAGGUCUUUCCAAACCUGCUUCAGAUGCCAGCCGCUGCCCAGCGCAGCUCCACUCGGCCGCCUCUGGAGGGCCAGGGGCGCCUGCGGGCAGCCCUCGCCUCAGCCUGGGGGCUCAGCUGGGGAGUGGACACCGAGAGUUAGGCCACCACAGAACUCUGACAUGAUUGUGUGCCCAGGGAGGCAACCAGGAGCCCACCACCAUGGGCUGAUGCUUGUGUGCCCAGGGAGGCAACCAGGAGCCCACCACCACGGGCUGAUGCUUGUGUGCCCACAGUGGCAACCAGGAGCCCAGCACCACAGGCUGAUGUUUGUGUGCCCACGGCGCCAACCGGGAGCCCAGCACCACGGGCCAAUGCUUGUGUGCCCAAGGUGGCAGCCGGGAGCCCAGCACCACAGGCUGAUGUUUGUGUGCCCACAGUGGCAACCGGGAGCCCAGCACCACAGGCUGAUGCUUGUGUGCCCACGGUGGCAACCAGAAGCCCACCAAGAUGAGCUGAUGCUUGUGUGCCCAGGGAGGCAACCGGGAGCCCACCACCACAGGCUGAUGCUUGUGUGCCCACAGUGGCAACCGGGAGCCCAGCACCACAGGCUGAUGCUUGUGUGCCCACGGUGGCAACCGGGAGCCCAGCACCACAGGCUGAUGCUUGUGUGCCCACGGUGGCAACCAGAAGCCCACCAAGAUGAGCUGAUGCUUGUGUGCCCAGGGAGGCAACCGGGAGCCCACCACCACAGGCUGAUGCUUGUGUGCCCAAGGUGGCAACCGGGAGCCCAUCACCACGGGCAGAUGCAUAAGCACUUAUGCUGGCAACCAGGAGCACACCACCACGGGCUGAUGCUUGUGUGCCCAAGGUGGCAACUGGAAGCCCACCACCACAGGCUGAUGCUUGUGUGCCCAGGGAGGCAACUGGGAGCCCACCACCACAGGCUGAUGCUUGUGUGCCCAGGAAGGCAACUGGGAGCCCACCACCACGAGCUGAUGCUUGUGUGCCCAGGGAGGCAACUGGGAGCCCACCACGGGCUGAUGCUUAAGCAAUUAUGGUGGCAACCAUAACCUUACCACCAUGAGCUGAUGCUUAUGUGUCCAUGGUUUCAACCAUAACCUUACCACCAUGAGCUGAUGCUUAUGUGUCCAUGGUUUCAACCAUAACCUUAUCACCACGAGCUGAUGCUUGUGUGCCCAGGGAGGCAACUGGGAGCCCACCACGGGCUGAUGCUUAAGCAAUUAUGGUGGCAACCAUAACCUUACCACCACAAGCUGAUGCUUAUGUGUCCAUGGUGGCAACCAUGAGCCCACCACCAAAAGCUGAUGCCUAUGUUUUGUUGCUCAUGUUGGAACCCACCAACCAUGAGCUGAUGCUUAUGUUCUGUACCCGUGGUCACUACCAUGAGCACACCACCUAAAGCUGAUCCUUACGUGCCCAUGGUGGCAUCCAUGAGCCCGCCACCAAAAGCUGAUGCUUGUGUUUCAUUGGCCAUGGUGGAACCCACCAGCCAUGAGCUGAUGUAGAAGUUUUGUUACCCAGGGUGACAGCCAUGACCCUGCCACCACGAGCUGAUGCUUGCAUGCCCGUGGUGGUAACCAUGAGCCCACCACCACAAGCUGACGCUUACAUGCCCAUGGUGGCAACCAUAACCCCACCGCUAUGAGCCACCAACAUGGCCAUGGGUGGGAAGAGGGUUGGCAACCAGAGCGUAGCUCCGUGGAGGACAAGAGUUCCUCUGCCACCCCCCUCCCUUGGAGAGGCCAAGAUGAUGUUUCCAACCAGAGCAAUCCAAGUUUGGCUCACAUGGGUCGCUCCGGGUCUCGUCUGUCCUUGGUGGUGAUGAUGUCCCCAGGAAGGUCUCUGGUUGCCCCCCACCCUCCAAGCCCAGCUUCUUUCUGGAUCUUCUCUCGCUCCGUGUGUUCCAGUUUGGUUCUUUUAUCGAGGGGAGGGGGGGGUUGAUGUUUCUCCUGCCGCUUGGAGCUGCCAGGAUUUGUCCCCUUUCCACUUGGGAAUGUUCGGAGGAGACAAAACUAUUCUGUAUCUUGGGGUUCUCCAGGAGAGAAGGACCCAGAGAUGGACAAUACCUGCUCUAGAGCGACAAAUAUAUCACAAACCAACGCC